AUUAGGUUGAGUUUACGUUAACUCAUAGAAAUCAAAUAUUCGAAUAAAUCGAUUACCAUAAUUACUAUUUAUAAUUUAAUUUUUGAAAACUUCUAUCCACUGUUAUUUUUUUAAAAUUAUUUUUAUCAAAUAUUUAUUUUUGUACUAAUGAGUCAUCGGUGAUAUUGAUUCGUAAAAAUUACAUGUUUAUGCGAAAUUAUACAUUCUAAUAAAUAAGUUUUAAAAAUGUUUAAUUUUUUUUCAAAACCUGAUCCAAAAGAACAACAACGACAAGCUGAUCGAGCUCUUCGGAAAGCUGGUCGUGACAUCGAACGAGAUCAACAAAAAUUAGAAAAUGAAGAGAAAAAGUUGGAAUUAGAAAUAAAAAGAGCUGCUAAAGAAGGAAACAAUGAUGCAUGUCGAAUAUUAGCAAAACAAUUAAUUGAAUUACGUAAACAAAAAAAUAGAAACCUUGCAGCACGAGGUAAAAUCCAAAGUGUUGGUGUACAGAAUAAAAAUAUGGUAGCAAAUGCUAAACUAGCUAAUAUAAUGGGAACGACAUCAAAAACUAUGGGCGACAUGAAUAAGAUAAUGAAUCCAGAAAAAAUUGGUAGAGAUUUAAGUACGUUCUCAAGAGAAGCAAUGAAAAUGGAUAUGACUGAAGAAAUGAUUAAUGAUACUUUAGAUGAUAUGUUAACCGAAUCUGGAGACGAAGAAGAAAGUACUAACAUUGUUAGUCAAGUUUUAGAUGAAAUUGGAAUUGAAAUUAGUGGAAAGAUGAAAGAUGCACCUACGCCAAGUGGUAAAAUUGGUGCAACAGAUUCACAAAUCGAAGCGCAGCUUGCUAAAUUAAAAAUGCCAGAAUAGCGAAUAUAUUUUUUAAACGUAUAUUAAUAUA